UCCAAACGCUAGUAUUCACUGUACUUUUUACAGUGUAACGCACACUAUUGUUUUUAAACAUUAUUUUGCGAAUGGUUCGGAUUUCUUCUUAAAAUUGGCUAUAUUUAAGGUAACAAAACCACUUUUAUACAGUUUUCUACGAGGGCUGAUCCGGAAGUGACAUCACUGCUAUAUGUCACAUUUAUUUCAUCGUUGUAUUAUCGUAACUAUUAUACCGAGAUUUAGACUUUAUGCUAUUUCUGAACCCUUGAAAAUAGUUCACAAUUUCUGCUAACACAGUCAGAUGCAUUUAUUAUGGACUUUUUGUAAACCAGAGAGAAGUAACUAUACCCAUUGCGUUGUUUUAAAACAAGUGGCGUCAUCGCAUUUUCAUGUUAUAAUAGAAUAGGCUUUUUUUCUGGUGUUUCCGGUCGGAUAUAAAGCUCCAAAUGGGGCUUUAUAUGUUGAAUAUAUUCGUUGAAAAGCACGGUUUACACAUGCUUGAACACCACAACUUUAUAACUCCAAGUAAACUUGUUUCUGAGCCGUUUUUUUAUUUUAACAAAAUAAUGGUUUUUGCUCCUCGCACCCAAAAUUUCGAAAACAUUGAUUUUUGUUAUAUUUUGAAUCGAAACCAUUGCCAUCGUAACAUAAAUGAUGUUUGAAAGAAAAUAAAGAAAGAAAGUUAUGGCUCUUUACGAAUAUCACCGUUGUAUGAUUGGCAUUGAUGCCAUGUGACGCUGAAAUACGCGUACGGAUACAAAAGUGAUAAACAAGAGGUUCAUCAUUGUGUGAACGUCUCGUCUUAACCAAUCAAAUUGCUUGCAAUAUAGGUAUUUGGAUUACUGCUUAGUUUUUUUUUUUUCGAUUUCUAGCGUAAAUAAUGUCGUGAUGUGAAGUGUUCGCCAUUUAACAUGCUGUCCGUAUUUGUUGAUAUCUUGUUUACUGUGGCAAUACAUUUUGAUGAUAUUUUCAGGAAAUCUUAAUAGAUAAAGAUAGGCAGUUAAACUAAAAAUUCAAACUGCAAGUAGGAACUUCUUAUUUAAGACACAUGGGUUGUGAACGGCAUCGAAGUUCAGAGUCUGAAAAAAUUAUAAAAGGGGUCAUUGUAUAAAAAAGAGUUAUUUGAGCCGAAGAUAACGAUCAUAGGUAAAAGAAUAUUUGAAAAAUGAAGACAACUCCGCUAAAAAGUUCAUCGUACGUUCAUUGACUCCAAUCUGAUACAUGACAUAUCUUGUUUACCUUUAAGCGUGACGAAGCAUGAACAGACAGAUUUAAUCAAAUCGUUAAUUUGUCAGUGGUCAGUGAAACAGGGAAAGUAAGACAUAUUAUAGUUUAUCAGCAACACAUGAUUUUAAAAAAAAGCCCACGGAAUUCCUUAAGGUGAAUAUAUGUUUAUAAAGCAACGGAUGGAAAGUGAAUAAGCUCUGCUAGCUAUAUAUGCGUCAAAGUUUGGGACAAAAAUAUAGAAAUAUGAUUAAAUCAAUGUCAGAAUUAGAUGCAUUCUGUAUUGCAGAUAUCUGCAUUUUAUUUCUUCUUUGCACUGAUACAACAUGAUUAGGUUAAGGAUUGUCAAACGGUGCCCACUUAACAGUUUCACUAGAUAAACAGGUUGUUUGAAAAGAUGUUUAAUUCUUUUCAGUGAGGAGGAUUUAGAACAAGCCUGUAGUAAAGGAAAUGGCACUGUUGAAAAUUUCUUUGCUUAUACUGUGCACGGCCUUACUGGUACCAGAGAUAUUGAAAUACGUGAACAACUCUGGUGCACAUAUACUGACCAAACAGUUGAACCAGACCUAUGAUUAUAUUGUAAUAGGUGGCGGGUCAGCAGGUGUCACAGUUGCAUCUCGUUUGGCGGAAGAUGACCACGUGUCGGUGUUGAUUCUUGAAAGUGGCAGUCAUUUUGGAGAUAACCACAGAUUCUAUGAACCUCCUCAAUGGAUGCACCUUCUCAACACACGAUAUGACUGGGCAUACUUGACAGAGCCACAAGAUCACGCUUUCUUUGGGAUGAAAGAUAAAAGGGGUUCGUGGCCAAGGGGCCAUGUCUUUGGUGGAUCGGGGUCUAUAAAUGUGCUCCAGUAUACACGUGGCAGUCGUUUCGAUUUUGAUGAAUGGGCAGAAGAUGGAUGCACGGGAUGGAGUUACCAGGAUGUUUUGCCGUAUUUUCUGAAAUCUGAAGACAUGCACAUCCCCGAAUUUCGAGACUCAAAGUACCAUAGUGUUGGGGGAGAGAUAGCAGUUUCUGACUCCGAUGUUUCACCUAUUUCUAAGAUUUUCAGAAAUGCCGGAGAAGAGCUUGGAUAUCCUGUUAGAGAUUACAAUGGAGAAUUACAGGAAGGGUUUAACAAGAUUCAAUUUAAUAUUCGUAAAGGCGUUCGAAGUAGUGCAGCCAUUGAAUUUUUUAAGACAAAAAGAAACAACGUGCAUGUCGCCACAGACAGUCAUGUUACUAAAGUGUAUUUUGAGAACAAGAAAGCUGUAGGUGUUUAUUUUAUACAAGAUGGUCGAAAACGAUUUGUAAAGUCUAAAAGUGAAAUUAUAUUAUCUGCAGGAUCAAUAAAUACCCCUCAGAUCCUAAUGCUUUCAGGUAUUGGACCAAAACAGCAUCUUGAAGAAAUGGGCAUCCCCGUUGUAAGAGAUUUACCUGUGGGGAAUAAUUUACAAGAUCACCAACAAGUCAGCCUUUGCACAAAGACGGAAAAACAUUACAGUAUUACACCGAAAAGCCUUGAAAGCACAUGGAGUGCCAUACAGUAUAAACUGUUUGGAACUGGACCUCGGUCAAUUGCAGGGUCGGACGGAUCAGCAUUUUUACAUCUAGAUAAAAAUGAUCAAGGAAAAAGCUAUCCAGAUAUACAGAUGGUAAUGUUUCCAUCCUUAUUCGGUAAAAAUAUUUUUAAUUACAGGGAAGAAAUUGCGAAAGAUAUGCUGUCUCAAACUCCCAACGAACAUGGAUUUUGUGUAUUUGUAGCGUUGACGCACCCUCGAGCACGGGGUACAAUUCGAUUGAAAUCUUCAGAUCCCUUCGACUAUCCACUCAUUAAUCCAAACUAUUUCUAUGAUCAGAAGGAUAUUAAUGAUUUGAUAGGCGGAAUACGAAUUUGGGAACAGUUAAUGGAAACACGUGCAUUCAAAGAACUUGGCGUAGACUUCAGUCUCAUGAAAAAACCUUUCUGCUCGCAGCACCUAUUUUGCUCCGAUAAUUACUGGGAAUGUAUAAUUCGAUAUACCGCUUUUACACAGUUCCAUCCAACCUCAUCAUGUAAGAUGGGUUCUUUGGAAAACAUUAACACAGUAGUUGAUCCGCAGUUGCGUGUUAAAGGUAUCGAAGGGUUACGUGUAGUGGAUGCCUCAAUAUUUCCUAAGAUUACUUCGGGUAACACGAAUGCCCCGACAAUCAUGGUUGCAGAAAAGGCAGCCGAUAUCAUCAGGGGAAAGAUAACAAUUAAUCAUCUGAAACGAUCACUUUGAUUGUCUUUUCUGAUAGACGUUUUUGCACAAAAAGACAGUUUCUGUAAAGUGCUUUAUACAGAUACAUGUACGAAGAUGCGAAAAUCAUGUCAUGAACAAAUCUAGUUAAAGAUGAAAAUAUGCUUACAUAUAAAACGAUGUGAGAAAUGCAAGUCAAGCCAUAUAUUUAGUGUGUCAACGUCUAAGACUUCCAAGUGAAGAGGCACAUAUCUUACUGAACUAAAUAUCCCUUGCCCGUAUACCCUCUGACAAGGUAUUUUUUAUUAAACCAUGUUACACAAUAAUGUCAUAUAUCAAGAGCAGCGGUUUCCUCGAAUUCCCAAAAACAGACAACAUUUAAAAUGCGCAUGCCAGUUCUUACAUGUUGUUUUAAACUAUCUGCAAUUAAAUUUGGUUAAAGCCUU